AUGCUAAAAAAAUUUUAAACUUUCUCAUUUUGCACAACACUCUAUUAAAAAUUAGGAGUACAACCUAGUGAUUCUAUUGAUACAAUUAAGUCUGCCUAUAUAAAAUUGGCUAAAAUAUAUCAUCCUGAUGUAAAUUUAGAAUAAAAAGAAUAAGAAUUUAAAGAAAUUACAAAUGCAUACAAUAUUUUAAAAGACCCUGCUAAAAGGAAACUAUAUGAUUUAUCAAUAGAUUUCUAAUAGAAUUCAAGAAGUGAAUCUAAUUAUGGCUCUAAUAAUGAAUCUUAUUAAGAAAAGUAAUAUCAUAAUAAUCCUGGAUGGCAAUAUAAUGGAGAGUAAUAAAAUUAAUGGCAUAAUAAUAAUAAUUAGAAAAAUACUUAUCAAUAGAGAACUUAUUAAUAUACUUAAUAGAAGAGUAAUUCUAAUUAAAUCUAUGGAUUAUUAGCUUUAGGGGGAAUCUCUAUAGUUUUUUGGUCAAUUUUAUCAGAUGAUGAUGAUUAUUCUGAAAAACCAAGAAUCACUAAACCUGCAGCUCCUUCAAUUAAAAUAAGUGAAAACCCAACUUCUUAUGCAGAACUUAAAUAAAUUUAUGAUUCUAUUGAAUAAAUUGACAGUAAAAAGAUGUAAAGAUAUUACACUCAUUAAGCUGAAGAAGAUUAAACUGAAUUAAGAAGAUAGAAUUUGAUUUAUUAGGGAUAAAACUUAAAUGAUUCUCCAUUUAUCAUAGAAUAGAGAAGAAAGAUGAUGAAUGAGGAAAUGAAAUAAAAAAAAUUUAAAAUUUAAGUUGAAUAAUAUGAAAAAGUUAUUAAGGGUGAUUCUAAGAUUCUAAAAAGAAAAGAUUAAAAUUCUGAGAAAAAAGAGUUAAAGACUAAAUAGGGAGAUCUAACCUUAUAAGGAUUUGCAAAACAAAACAAAUUGGAUAUAAAUAAAUCAAGUCCUGUAUAAUAAAAUCAACCUAUCAAUAUAAGUAUUGAACAUUUAGAAUAAGGUUAUAUGUGA